AUGAAGAAUCUUGGUGUCAUCGAGGAGUCUCAAAGUCCCUGGGUUUCUCCUGCUGUUUUGACCAAAAAGAAAGACAGGUCGAUAAGAUUCUGUGUCUACAGGAAAUUAAAUGCUAUUACUAUCAAAGACUCCUUUCCCCUUCCCAGAAUUGACGACAUAUUCGACCAGCUCUCAGGGUGCAGAUACUGUGCCAAAGUGGAAGAAAAAAGUUCCCAGGAGCCGGUGGACACGAUAGCGCGGAUUAUCAUUCCCGAGUAUGACUUAGCGGAAUGGCUCAAGGAUCAGAGGAAGUAUUCUAGCAUAGCGAUUUUCAUUCGUGAGUUCAAUGGCUACAACAGCCAAUCAAACGUAACACAUCAUUUAUUCUCACAACAGAGUUAUUUGCUGUCCCAUAGCAGAUUGCUCCCAGAGUAA